AUGUCCAAAGGAACACCGGACAAAGCAUUAGCUGCGUUUACGAAUUAUACGGAAGCUGACGACAAAACUAAAGUUAUUGAGAAUUUUGUCAAGCAGAGGUAUCCCCACUGGCGAGAUUUAUCGAACGCUGAAUACGAGCCGUUGCAAGAUACCAGGCUUAAAACAGAGUUGGCUCCCUAUUUGGAAGGGAAAGAGCUGGAAAAAGUUAUGGAAGCCAUUAAGAAAUACCGAAUGACUGCAUUACAAAAUGAUGAAAGGUUUUCAAGCUAUUUAACUCUGUUAUUUCGAGUCGAUCGAUGGGAAGUAGCAGAACUUCUCUACAAAGACUUUAAAAAAUACGGAGAUUUGGGCGAGAAAGACUAUGGGAUAUUGCUUGCUGGAUUUUUACAAUGUAACAAAUACGACAUUGCAAUAGAAAUAUGGGACGAUUACAUCGCCAAGAACAAACCUACUCAGAUUAUUUAUACCAUAGUUUUAGAUGGAUUCUCUAAACGAACAGAUUUGACGUUUGCGGAAAGGGUAUGGGAGAGAAUGAAGAGUGAUGGGAUUGAACCGGAUUCGAUAGCAUAUGCAGCUAUGAUCGAAGCAUAUUUUAGAGCUAGGAAUCCGGCUAGAGCUGCAGAGUUAUUUGAAGAAUUGAAUGGUUUACGAGUGAAGCUUGACGUCGUGUUUUAUAAUCGUAUUAUAAAUGGGAUGUGUUGGUGCAUGAAGAUCAAAGAGGCAAUGAAAAUAUAUGCCAAAAUGAAGUCUAAUCCGGAACUUGAGCCGAACUUGGUUACUUACAACACGCUUCUCAGAGGUGCAUUGUUCGCUAAAGAGUACGCUGCGGCUGCCAUGUUGAUGGGAGACAUGCGUGCACGGCAAAUGAGCUUCGACACAGUUACGUUAACCACUUAUAUCGAUAGAAUGCUUUCAGUGCGCGAUAUAGAUGCAGCCAAGAAGCUGUGGGAUUUGUUUCGAACACUCGGUCUUAAACCAAAUAAUGUAUCUUACGGUGCGUUGAUUGGUGGUCUUAUUAGAUGUGGUGAUGACGCCGGUGCACAAAUGAAGUUUAAAGAGAUGAUUGAGGCAAGAAUUAAGCCCGGAGUUCAGGUUUAUACUAACAUGAUUCAAGCGUUCUUUUAUCGUGGAUUCGUGCAUAUGGCCGAGGAAAUGUAUCAAAGAAUGCGGCAAGCAAAGGUCAAUCCGACCACGGCCACUUACAACAUUAUGAUCGGAGGUUUUCUUGAGGCAAAUAACGUAGAAAAAGCGAUAAAAGUAUAUGAGGAGAUGAUUGCAAGCAGGACCAAACCAAAUCAGGCUACAUACAAUGCCUUACUCGGUGGACUGGUACAUAAGAAAAUGAUGGACUUGGCGUCCGUUAUAUAUGAUGAUAUGAUAGCGGCCAAGUUUCUACCAGAACGGCCGGAUUUGAAGAGAAGUUGCGAGAUGAUUAAAGACUGGAGAGCAUCGCAAACGUUAAGGUUGAAUGCUGGCUAG